AGUAUAUAUCAUUUAUAUAGAUAUAUAUACUGAAGAGACGGAGGAUAUAUAUAUGAAGGAUAACGCGGGACUUUUCUUCUCACCGUUACAUCUGCAACCGUCGAGUCAGCAUCUACCUGGGUUGCAUUUUAUUGCAGCUUAUUUUUUAAAUUUAUUGUUAAACAAAGUCUUUUUUUAUUUCCUUACUCGAGUUGUACUUCUAUUUGUUAUAAAUAAAUAAACGUUAAACUAAAUUUUACGCUGACUGCAUUCAUUAAAACUAUUUUCUUUUUUUUUUUUUUCAAUUUAUUUUUGGAUUUUAUCGCAACACUCGAUCGGAUAACAACAUACAGAUUGACAAUCAAUCAAGAUCAAUUUAUUUUAUUUAACCCUUUUUUAAAAUUAUGAGUCACUCCAUGGGAUCAAGUAAUAACGUUGGUUGUUUGACGUUCGCAUGGAUUUUUUUUGUGACGUGGAUGCUGGGAUCGGAAGUAAUGUGUGUCGAGCCUGAUACCAUGGCUAGACCGACAAGACCAAAAAUAAUUACCGAUGUUGAUGAAUUGAGAAAGUAUUUGGAUCUUGUUCGUGAUUUCUAUACAGUCAAUAGUAAAGCGAGGUAUGGGAAAAGGGGAGUAAUCCCAGCAAUUAUCGUUCACAAUCGUCCGCACACACAUGUGAUUAUUGAUUCACUUAUGAAAAGGCUUGACAAUGCUGAAGAUAAACAUCAACUCCAAGAAAAUUCCCUGGAGGAAGAAGUAAAUUUUGGAGAAAUAAAAGAUGACAAUCAAGUUGACCAAGUUGACAUUGACAAAAAACAAGAAAUUAUUCUUAAUAAAAUUCGUAUGAGAGUAUUAUUAAAUUCAGUAUUACGUAAAUGGUUACAUAAUUUUAAAGUGUAAACGCUUAUAUUAUUUUUAUCUAUGGCUUUAAUGGAGUUUUUGUUUUUGAAAGUAAUAGAUUCAAGGGAUGGUUAUAAAUUUACUUUGAAUUGAUUUAUAUUCUGGCUGCAGUGCAGAUAUUAAAUUUUUAAAAAUAUAUUUAUUAUUAAAUGAAUAUAUACAUAUGUAGGAAUUUACGCAUGU